GCUGUUGCUGCUGCUGCUGCUCCUGAAGCUGCUGCGUGCAGAAAAGAUGACUAUGACUUUGAUCCGCAACAGGCUGGGGCUGUUGGUCCUAGGAGUUCUCGUCACCUUUGUCCUGUACCUGUUGCUUCCUGCUAUCCAGCACGAGAGAUUUACAUCCUCAGUAGACAUCCCCAAGCCACGAGCCAUGGAAGAAGACAUGAAGAAGGGCCAAGGUGCUGGCAAUAUCACUAUUUUGACAGGGACAGUCCUGCAAAACCCUUCAGUUUUCUUUAGAGAAGCUGUUCCGGCUCAGAAAGAUGGAGCUCUUUCCACUGAAAGACUGGCGGUGGUUUUCCUGCACGGUCAGUCCUUCACUUCCAAGACAUGGGAGAAAUUGGGAACGCUGGCUCUGCUUUCUGAGAAUGGAUAUCGUGCAAUAGCUAUUGACUUGCCUGGCUAUGGAGACUCUCCGCCAUCCAGUGCUGUUGAGGCAGCACAAGGGCGUAUUGCCUUCCUGCAGCAAAUUUUCAAGGAGCUGAACCUUCAGAAGCCUGUUUUGAUAAGCUCAUCCAUGAGUGGGCGCUAUGCAAUCCCGCUCCUUCUGGCCAGUGGGGAUCAGCUGAAGGGCUUUGUGCCCAUUGCACCAGUGGGCACCAAGGACUUCACUGCACAGCAGUAUCAGCAGGUCAAGACUCCAACCUUGAUCAUCUAUGGAGAUCGGGACACUGGCCUGGGAACUCAGUCUCUUCAGAGCCUGCAGGAGAUCCCCAAAUCCAGAGUGGUCGUGCUGCCUGGAGCUGGCCAUGCCUGUUACCUUGAUAAGCCUCAGGAAUUUCACAAAGCGCUCCUGAGCUUCCUCGGAGAGCUCAAAUGACUGUGGUGCCCUGCCCGUUUGCCCUGCCCUGCCCUGCCAUCCUCCUCCUGGGAAACAAUCAGGACUGAAUCUCUGCCAUAUAACUGGGGUGCUGCUUUGUGUUUGAAUCUGUUUCUUCCUUCGUAUGUAAAGGGCCCCCAGGGCUUGCUGACUGGCUCACCGGUUCACUCCUUGGGCUGCUUCUCUUGUGACUGCUCUGUGUCAUGCCGCUUGGCAGGCCUGUGGCACCAAGGUUCUGCAGAGUUGGGUGCUGCCUUUUCCAAACUGUGUGUUGCAAUGGGCUCUGGAGAACUUCACCUGUACAUCCCGUUGGAAUUUUGUUCCAUUGAAGAGCUGAUCUCUUCAGAUGAAGAUGCAACUUCCUGCUCCAGUUUCUUGUUUGAAGAGCACAAGCCACCAGUGUUGUGCUGAGGUGGCACUCCCUUUAUCACCAGCGGAUCGUUGCUUCUAGUGUACACAUUUGUGUUCUAAGGAUCAAGUACACAGAAUGUACUUGAUGCUUUUAUUUCUCCUCUCCUCAGACUUGUCCCUCAGCAAGAGGAGAUGAAGUGGGUUGUUCAUUCUUGCUUGGAUUGGAAGUUCUGAAGAGGGACAACGAUGGUGGUUCUUGAUGUUUGGAAUUAGUGAGAAGACUUUUGGGGGACUUAAGGGAAUUCUUCAACAGCAACACAACUAUUUAAAUGUCUCUCUUUUUUUUGUUUUUGUUUUAACCUUGGGGACCCCAGCUGUUACAGGUUGGCUGAAUGUGGGUGAUUUGUUUUGUCAGACGGUUUGAAUUAGCUCUUGUUCAAGAAAGGAUGUGGAGGAGACGUGGGGAGAGCAAUGCAACAAGCUUCCAAGGAAUGUAGUCCAUAUGUUAGGGUAAGAGAUUGCUCCUGCCCACUAAAUCAUAAGCUAUCUAGUUUUUUGAGUGUUGCAAAACUGUUCAAGGGUCAAUAAAUAAUUUGUACAGAU